AUGGCCUCUUUCUUCAGCUCUCUCUUCCAGUGGUUCAGCGGGCAAGUCGCUCGAGUCCAUCCGCUAUUUUUCUCUAAGCAGGCUGAGAUCUCCGUGGUCGGGCUGCAGGCAUCUGGGAAGACGUCCUUCGUGAACGUCAUAGGUUCCGGCCAGUGGAGUGAGGAAGUCGUCCCUACCGUUGCGUUCAACUUCCGCAAGGUCCACCGAGGCAACAUCACUCUGAAGAUAUGGGAUGUCGCUGGCCAGCCAAGAUAUAGGUCAAUAUGGGAGCGAUACUGCAAUGGCGUCGACGCCAUAAUUUUCGUGGUUGACUCUGGCGAUAAGGAGAAAUUCGACACAGCUCGGUUCGAGCUGCACCAGCUUCUGUCCCAUCCUAGCCUCAGCGGUGUUCCUCUGUUAGUCCUUGGGAACAAGAACGAUCUGGAAGGACAUGCCCCCGUGGACGAGUUGAUCAAGGCACUGCAACUGGACAAGAUUCAAAACAGACCUGUCUCGUGCUACUCGUGUUCGAUGAAGAGCCAGCACAACCUAGACAUCGUUCUUCAGUGGCUAGCAGGCCGCAGCCACUGA